AUGCUUCAGUCGACCCAUGCUGCCAAGGCCCUUCAAGCCAAAUUUGGUCUCAGGGCGUUGGCCACCUCCUCGCCAGCCCGCCUUCAGCAGGCAUCGCCUCUUGCAAACAAGGAGAACAUAGAGUCUCCCUCCAAGUUGGCUCAAGACUCCCAUCUACCAAAAGUACUCCCGGAAGUCAAGGGCAAGGUCCGUCAGCCAACCAGCAAGCAGCCAUUUUUGUCUGAUAACAAGAUUGAAAGUGAUCCUCACUACAAGAUGUCCGGCUGGUCAGAGAGCAUCGGCCAGUGGGUGGUGAAAACGUUUAACAUCGACAUGGACAAGUCCAGAGCUGGUCCGGUGGCUGGUUCCUUCUACUUCGGUGAAUGUAAACGUCAAGGUAUGUACUACCCUAACGAGCCACUCUCUGACACAGCAAGGUUCUUUUACGAGACCUUGGGCCUACCUAAGAGUUUUGCUCAGCAUUUCCAGAUCACCGCCUUGCACUACUGGAUGCUCUCCGUGAGAAUGAGAGCUUUGCCAUUCAAGUAUGGUAGAAACUACCAGCAAAAGUUGGUGGACAGAAUUUUCAGAGACAUGGAGUUGAGAAUGUCUGGUGAGUUGAACAUUGCAUCGAACAAGAUUAUCGAGAAAUACCUCAAAGAUUUCCACAAGCAGCUUUUGGGUGCCACCGUUUCCUACGAUGAGGGGCUCAUGACAGAUGAUAUUACUUUGGCUGCUGCACUCUGGAGAAACAUCUUCACCGGUAACGCAGACGCCGACAUGAGGCACAUUGAAGCCUUGGUGGGCUACGUGAGAUCCCAGCUCUAUGUGCUCAACCAGAUGAGCGAUCGUGAGUUCGGUUUUGGAAAAUUCACUUUCCCUUUGACGCUGUACCAAUUGGCCCGCUUGAGAGAGGCUGCUAAGGCUGAAUUUGCAAAAAACACUCUCCCAUCGCAGAAGAGUGUGCUCUCGUUGGACGAAUAA